AUGCCGAACCAAUCUUCCAGGCACGCUACGCCUGAUGGCGAAAAUGAUCCCAGUCUCGCCACACGGCGUCCAGCCAAGGUUGCCCAUCCUCUUCCAUCUAGGGAGGGCAUGAGCAAUAUCACCAAUUCGGCCGCUUCCAAGCGCAUUCUGCCUCCGCAUCUUCAGUCCGCCAGUAAACCGAAGAGAAGCCCAUCCGAGACACUUAAAUCCGGCAGCCUCCGCGAUUCCAUCACAUCCAAUUCCUCUUCCGCUUCGGAGAGCCUUGGCAAGUCUUCCAAACGACUUGGACCACAAUUCGCUUCUUCGAACAGCGCUGCCUCUUCUGCCACUCCACAGGCCAGAAGGAAACGCACCGAUGCCGAGCCCGCAUCUGUCACGCCACGUCCAAAGACAUUCUUCGAGCGAUCCUCUGGUCUCCGCAGAUUGCAGUCUGUCAGCGACAUCGAUGGGCUUACCGCUGCUUCCUCAUGCAGUGAUCAAGCUUCCCGAUCUUACGAGAUUGAACCUCUUAAAGCCUACCUCCGCAUCAGGCCUCCGCCUGAUGAUGGUCAAAAGGAGCUCACCCGUCCAUAUAUCGAGGUCGUCAACAAUACCCAAGUCCUCAUGCACCCGCCCUCUCAAUCCGCCUACACCAGCGGCAUCCCUGGCGCCAGGUCCAGGUCCACCAGCAUCGCCCCUCCCACCAAGUACACCUUCUCAAAGGUCUUCAGCAGUCAGUCCGCUUCCUCCUCUGGUGCCAAGCAGGACAUGUCUCAAUCUGCAUUCUUCCAGCAGACCACCUUGCCUCUCGUCGAGUCUCUCCUUCAAGGCGAGAGCGGUCUGAUGUUCACCUAUGGCGUUACAAACUCGGGCAAGAGUCACACUGUGAUGGGCAACGACUCGCCUGGAGGGGCAGGCAUCCUCCCGCGCGCACUCGAUGUCAUCUUCAACAGCAUCAACGGUGUCGAAAGUACUGCCAACAUCCAACCUUUUGGUCUGUCGGGCGUGCAGCGUGUUGACAAACAGUCCGCUCACACCGGAUCCAAUAGCAAUCUCGGCGUCAACCCCUUCACGAUCCCAGGUGUCUCUCGUAGGCUGCUUGCCGAGACACCUGCUCGCGCAAGCAAGCCUGCCAAGCUCAUCGAGCAUGAUACCACCAAAGUCGCUGUUGACCGCAACCUUCGAUACAGCGUCUUUGUCAGCUACGUCGAGAUCUACAACGAGAAGCUUUUCGACCUCCUCGAUGUUUCGCCCGGCGCGACGCUCGGUCGAUCCGAGUCUGUCCGCGCCUCCAACUGGAGUCUUGCCAACAUGGCCAACACCGCUCCUAGCUCCAUCCCUGCCAGUGCUAGCAUCACCCUCAACCGUCGUCCCCUCAGCCUCAAGAAUGACCAAGAAAACGGUGGCAAGUACGUCGCUGGUCUACGAGAGAUCAAGAUCAACUCGCCUCAAGAGGCCCGAGAUCUUCUUCAUCGAGGUCAAGAGAACCGUGCCGUUUUUGCUACCAUGGCCAACAGGGCUAGUUCAAGGAGUCAUGGUAUCUUUACCAUCAAGGUCAUUCGUCAUCACGGCGGCCUCGCCAACAUCUCCGACGACGAUCUUAACACCUUCACCACCGCCCGUCUCAGCAUUGUCGAUCUCGCAGGUAGCGAGCGUGUCGCCAACACCGGUCUCGCCAGUGGUGACCGUCUCAAAGAAGCUGGCAACAUCAACAAAAGUCUCAUGUGUCUCGGUCAGUGUCUUGAGACUCUCCGCAAGAACCAGAUUCGAGUCACAGGUACAACCGAAGGCGGCCAGGCUCAGAUCAUCAAACGUCGUAUGAGCAUCGUCCCCUUCCGUCACUCUAAGCUCACCGAGCUCUUCCAGAGCUUCUUCCUCAAAGAUGGAAAAGCUGUCAUGAUCGUCAACGCCAACCCUUACGACACUGGCUUUGACGAGAACUCGCACGUUAUGAAGUUCAGCGCUAUUGCAAAAGAGGUUGCCGUCCAGCGUCACGUUGCCCCCGUCACCAAGACCUUACCUCCACUUGCAGCAUUCAAGGAGGAGAGUACUUCACCCUCUCGUCCCCUGCCCAAGUUCAAGUCUAGUAUCGACAUUAGCACCUCCCAGAGCGAAGCAAGCGCAGACGUCACCAUUGUCGAGCAUGACGAAGAGACCGACGACGAGAAUCAAGACCCCUUUGUUGAUAUGCUUGUCGAGAAGCACGAGGAGCUCCGACAGAAGCUUUACGCCGCCGAGCUUCGAUGUGCAACCAUCGAGGCUGACGUCCGCAAGGAGAUGGUCGAUGAGUUCCAACAAAAGUUUAGGGACAUGGAAGCCUUCUAUCACAACCGCAUGAUCGACGACGCAGAGCAAAAUGCGCAAUUUAUGAACCGCAAGAUCGAUCUGCUGGUGAGCACAAAUACGCGAAACCAGCCUCAACUCGACGCCGACAGCGAAGCUGAAGAUCAGCUGACUGAUCUCAGUGACGACGACGACAACAACAACUGCGAGUCGGCUCACGACGAUGAGGCAGAGAUUGAAGGCGCCCUCGCUGCUGCCAGCAAUGCGCGCAAGUUGGAUCACAGUAUGAACGAGCUCAGCGGUGCCGAGAGCGUCUUUGAUGAUGCCACUGAAGGCGAGAUCUCACAUUCUCUGGCCCUCGAUCAUCACUCGGACGAGGAUGCGGCCAGCGAUGACGACAUUGAUGAAUCAGCGCUCCUUCAACCAGGAAGAAUGCCUAAGCGCGCAGCCGCAAAGAAGGCUGCCAAGGUCAUGCAUGUCUUUUCGGAUGAGUCAAUGUCAGAAGAGGACGAAGAAGAUCCCAAAGAUGGCUCACAAUCUGGCUCAGACUUUGGCUCUGAUGGCGCUGAAGAUCAGAACAUGUCUUCGGCGCUCAGUGAUGUGCAGAAACAGAACGACGACGCGAGCUACGAUGAAGGCAAUGACGACGAGCAAAACGACGUCGAACCUACCCUCAAGCGAAGCACAUCCCAGGUCUACGUCGACAUCCCCACACAAACUCCCGAGUCUAGCUUCAACUCGGUCUCCAGCUCCAGAUCCGCAGCAGCUCAAGAGUCGGACUCGGAUUCGGACUUCAAGAUUGUCUCGGACAGCGAAGAGGAGCGUGUUUCCCCGGCUCGCAAGAAAUCCGGCCGACCUAGCACGUCGAAGGCCAAUAGAACUUGCAAAAGCAACCGCAGCAGCGCCUCCACGGGACCUACUCGUCGCUGCUCGAACAAACCACGCGUCUCUCGUCGCUCCUCGAACAUGCUGAUCGAAGCAAGCAACCUCAGCGACCUGAGCGAUGCAAGUAUGAUCAUACAAGACCCUGUAACACCAAAGAAGAAACGUAAACUGCGCAAAAAGGCAGCCUUGCAGCAAGACGACUACGUCGAACAAAUUGCCGAUUCCAGCUUGGUAGAAGCUGUAUCUCAAAGCACAAGCAACCGAAGUCUCGUUGGUCAUAGCAAAUCCAAGAGUUUCGGUAGUAGCAGUUGCACUGCCCUCAAACACUGA